UUCCCCCCCCCCUCUCUCGACUUGGAAACCAUAAAAAAAAGUAAUAAUCUAGAAAUAGUUUCUUCAACCGUCACCAUGCUCCCUGCGCAGGAAGCGGCUAAGAUCUACCAUACCAACUACGUGCGUAACGCGCGCGCCGUGGGUGUCUUGUGGACCAUCUUUACCAUCUGCUUCGCCAUCUUGGUGAUGGUGGUGUUCAUACAGCCCUACUGGAUCGGUGACAGCGUCAACACCCCGCAGGCGGGCUACUUUGGCCUGUUCCACUACUGUAUCGGGAACGCGCUCACCGGAGAGCUCAUCUGCAAAGGGAGCGCGCUGGACUUCGGCUCCAUCCCAUCCGGGGCCUUCAAGACAGCCAUGUUCUUCGUUGGCAUAUCCAUGCUGCUGGUGGUGGGCAGCAUUGUUUGCUUCAGCCUCUUCUUCUUCUGUAAUGCCGGCAGCGUCUACAAGAUAUGCGCAUGGAUGCAGCUGGCCUCCUCCACUUGCAUGGUGAUAGGCUGUAUGAUCUACCCUGAUGGCUGGGACAGUGAGGAGGUGAAGAGGAUGUGUGGACAGAGAACAGAUAAGUACACCCUGGGUAACUGCACGGUGCGCUGGGCCUACAUCCUGGCUAUCAUCAGCAUCAUGGACUCCCUCAUCCUCUCCUUCCUAGCUUUCUCCCUGGGGAACAGACAGGACCAGCUACUGCCUGACAACUUUCAGGUGGACGGGAAAGAAAAAGACAAAGAGGAAGCCUGAGCUCAUUAUCAACCACAGAAGACAGACGUACUACAUACAACACGAAAGAUGGACCUGUGAGGUGGUGGUGUUGUGGAAAUAAACCCCAGCUAGUUAAAAGGCAAUAUCAACUCCACUUUAGUGCAUCACUUUACAAUAAUACAUGUACCUGGUAGAACGCUGAUAAGUGAUAAUAAAAUGUUCCAUAUUAAUAUA